AUGGUAACGCAGUUGUCUACAGUCAAGUGGGUCAGACGGUUGAACAUGAUAAAAGCACUGUACCACAUGGUUUUCUUGAACCCGAAGAAGGGUAUAGGCUCAGUGUUGAUGAAGGAAACACCCAUGUCAUUGCCACGGCAAUAUCAACGGUCAGCAAUGUAGUUCUUACCGGUGAGAGCGAUGGAGGUAUCAACGUUUGGGACAAUACCAGUGGCCAUGUUCAGUACACUUUCUUUUGCGACGACGUCGAUUCCUUGUUUAUUACAAAAGACGGACGAGUAGCAUUUUCUAACUAUCGUUCUAACAAUCGCAACAUUGAUGCUUGGGACUUAAGCAAUGGUUCAAAGUUAGCUUCCUUCACCUCAGACUGGAAACCUGAACGAAUUGUGAUAUGCGGCAGCCGCCUUGUAGUUGCGAAAGCGGACAAGCCAGAGUUAAUGUCGCUACGCCCACACAUUCCCGGAUAUACAGAAGAUGUCGCAAAUGAGGAUGGUCAUUUCAUGGAUUGUCCCUUGGAAAGUAAGAUGCAGCCCCAUUUGGAUAUUGCAAGUGGUGAAGAUGAAGAUGAAGAUGAAGAUGACGACUUUGAUCAAACUGACAUUCAGAAAACAGAGCUAACUAAGAAGGCG